UGACACCCCUCUAAACCUGUCUAACUCACCCCUGUCCUGCUGUGUCCCCUCUGUGGCACUGCUGGUAGCAGAGCAGUCACUCUCUGUGCUGUGUCCCUGCAGAGCACUGCUCCCAUGGCCACGCCGGACGUCAGUGUGCACAUGGAGGAGGUGGUGGUGGUGACGACGCCGGACACGGCAGUGGAUGGCAGUGGGGUGGAGGAGGUGAAGACAGUGCUGGUCACCACCAAUCUGUCCCAGCAUGGUGACAUAAAUGAGGACACCCUGGAGACUGAAAACGCAGCCGCUGCGGCCGCUGCCGCCUUCACAGCAUCCACACACCUGAAGGAAGCAGUGCUAGUGAAGAUGGCUGAAGACGAGGACAGCUUGGAGGCAGAGAUCGUGUACCCCAUCACCUGUGGGGACAGCAAAGCCAACCUCAUCUGGAGGAAGUUUGUGUGCCCCGGGAUCAAUGUGAAGUGUGUGCAGUUCGACGGACACCUCAUCAGCCCCAAGGAGUUUGUGCACCUGGCAGGAAAGUCCACUCUGAAGGACUGGAAGCGGGCGAUCCGGAUGAAUGGGAUCAUGCUCCGGAAGAUCAUGGACUCGGGGGAGCUGGAUUUUUACCAGCACACCAAGGUCUGCUCCAACACGUGCCGGAGCACCAAGAUUGACCUGACGGGUGCCAGGGUGUCCCUGAGCAGCCAGACCUCCACAGAGUACAUCCCUCUCACUCCUGCUUCCACAGAUGUGAACGGAUCCCCAGCUACAAUUACCAUAGAAACAUGUGAGGAUGCCAGCGAUUGGACCACCAGCAUUGGAGAUGACACCUUUGCAUUCUGGCGAGGCCUGAGGGAUGCAGGUCUGCUGGAUGAUGUCAUCCAGGAGUUCCACCAGGAGCUGCUGGACACCAUGAGGGGUUUGCAGCAGCGGGCACAGGACCCCCCCUUGCAGCUGGGAGAUGCUGUCCUACUCAACAACGUGGUGCAGAACUUCAGGAUGCUGGACCUGGUCAAGAAAGUCCUGGCCAGCCACAAGUGCCAGAUGGAUCGCUCCAGGGAGCAGUACACACGGGAUCUGGCAGCUCUGGAGCAGCAGUGUGAUGAGCACCGCAAGCGUGCCAAGGAGCUGAAGCACAAAUCGCAGCACCUCAACAACGUGCUGAUGACUCUGACUCCCGUCUCUGUCCCCACACCUUUAAAACGCCCUCGGCUCACCCGGGCCACCUCCGGACCGGCUGCCAUCACCUCCCAGGUGCUGUCCCAGCCGGCGCAGAUCGCCGUCACCCCGGCCGUGCCGAUGUCCCAACUCGCCAGCCUGCCUCUGGGCAAAGUGGUCUCGACUCUCCCAUCCUCAGUGUUGGGUAAAACCCCAUCCCAACCGCCUGCCGCCAGCUCUCCGGCCUCCCCACUGCUGGGUGGCUACACUGUACUGGCCUCUGCCGGCAACGCCUUCCCCGGCGCGGUGGAAAUCCACCCGGACGCUCCCAACGUGACGGUGCUGAGCACGGCGGCAGCGACCGCUCAGGACAGCAGCACGGUUGUGAAGGUGCUCAGCCCUUUCCAGCUGCUGGCGCUGCCGGGGCUCGGCGCCGCCAUCCAGAACGUGACGCACGUGAGUGGCGGCGGUGCGGUGCUCAGUGUGCCCUCCGAGGGUCCCACGGCCGAGCACAACGCUGCCAUCGAGGUGACGGCGGUGGCCGAUGAAGCAGAGCAGAAGUGAAGGAGGGGGGCCCUGCCUGGAGGGGACAUUCGUCACGGCGCUCAGGGGAACGGCCUUGGGUCUGUGUGGUGCAAUGAGGGGCGUGGGGUGAGGAGGCUCAGGGCGGCUGGAGCUGGGAGCAAGGAGGUGUGCGGGGCAGGCAGCGAGGGAAGGGAGGACGCCUGGAGGAGAUGAGGGCAGCAGCGUGCUCUGCCCUGCUGGGAGGAGGUCUGGAAAAAAAGAAAAACCCAAAAAGAAACAAACAAACAAAAAAAUUAAGGCUAAGUUUUUAUAAAGCUUUCCUCCCUGCU